AUGACAAAGUGGCUGGAAUACCGCCAGAUGCAGAGGAGAUCCUCAUCUAUAUUCAGCGUCAUGGAUGAUGGACAUCGGAACUGCGUCCAACGUAAUCGCGAACUUUUACGUGUAAUCAUCCAAUGUCUUUUUUACACUGCCCAGCAAAACAUCGCUCAAAGGGGUGAUAAGGAGGUUCGAUGGAGCCUUGGACAAAGAUCAGAUGUCAUCAGGGGUAAUUUACUGGAGCUUUUGCACCUUCGAUGUAAAGACAUUCCUUGGCUCGAAGAAACAUUGAACACUCAGUUACAAAACCACGCUCAGUGGACUUGGCCAAUCAUCCAGAAUGAACCGCUAGAAAUUUUUGCUGACUUCAUAUUUGAACUUAUCUGUAAGGAUGUAAGAGAGAGCGGUCGGUACGGGAUUAUAAUUGAUGAAACGUCUGAUAUAAGCCGAGACGAGCAAGUGUCAUUUUGUCUGGGCUAUAUAGCGAACGGGAGUAAGAAAGAGGCAUUUGUUGGACUUCAUGCGACGAAAACAACAGAUGGUGAAACUCUUUACAAACUAGUCAAAGAAGUUAUCAACAAGCUGCAGUUAGAGCUCGAGAAUAUCGUGGGUGAAUGCUUUGACGGUGCAAAUAACAUGAGUGGUGUAAAUAAGGGACUCAGUGCGCGAAUGAAAGGGUGCUCUCUUCUUGCAAUAUAUGUGCACUGCUAUGGCCACUUGUUAAAUUUGGCACUGCAAGACACCAUGACAACAGUGGAACCAUUGCGAAACACUCUACGCACAAUCCAGAGCCUGUGCAAUUCUCUAGAGGCUAGUCCAGCACGGCACGCUUUGUUUGGAGACAUUGAAACUGAAGAAUGUAGCUUGCUUACUACUUUGAAGUCUCAAAGUGUAACAAGAUGGUCAUGUUGA